AGCUCGUUACGGCGGCGGCCGGACUAUUGUCUAGCAGGAGGUUUUGUCACAAGACAUUAUAGUGAAGUGAUCUCGCUGUUACCGACACCACAGUGAGAGACGCGCCGUGGAGCGCUGCGCAUGCGCCAACACCACUCUGACGCGCGCACCAUCGUGCCCAUUUCGAACAUAAACAAAAUAGUGAUACCAUCCACAAACAGUGCCAAAGUAUUUAGUGUGUACAAUCGAGUAAAGCUAAACUAGUUAUUUUAUUCAAAGUGAAAGGACCAAGUUGUCCGCGCUGCGUGUUUAUUUGAUUGGGCGACAGACAACAAGUGAAACAACAUGGAGUCGUCUGGAGACAAGGCAAUCAGUUGGCCGGAAGAAGAUGUGGUGGAGUCGACGUCGGAUCCAAACCUCACAGUGUCCAUGAUCACGGAGGAGUUGCCUGCCCUCACGGUGACCACGAUAGUGGGCAUGACCGUAGUGAUGCUCAUCGCAAUCCUCGCUGUGUUCCUCUUGGGAGUUCUCAUUGAUUGUAGACAGCAGAGACUACUAGAGAAGAAAAUGGGGGAAGCAAAGCGGAUGAAGGCCAGUAGACGAGUGAACACAACUGUUGAGGAGGACGACGCGAGCAUAGCCAACAACAUGGAGGAGUCGGGCAUGAGCGAGCCACCGGCAGAGGUCCUGCGGCAUAUACCUUGACACUGCCACGUACAGAACACCUACAUAUACCUUAUCAACUACUUCUUUAUUGUUAUUGCAUUGUUAGUUGUAUAAAUUAAUGAUACCAUCUAAACCUUGUUUGAACUACGAAUGUAAAUUCAGUAAAUAAUUUCCAAUACUUAGUUUUUUUUUAUUGGUACUUUUCAGUCUAUAAAACUAGAUCACUUCUAUUUUAUUUUAAGUACAUUGUUUACUUUCAUUGUAAUAUAAUUCGUAAGAUGUGUUUAUUGUUGGUAUAUGUUCAAUGGGCCAAAGUAUGUAACCUUCAUGUACAUAGUAAUUUAUAAGUAGGCGAAUCAAUUGAAUCUUAUUGUUCUUUGGGACUUGAUCCCAGCUCGUAGGCAAAUAGAUAAUUAUUAUAUUUUUAAAGAAUUUUACACAUUUAUUAUAUUGUGAUAUAAUUAUUAAAUUAUUAUAUAAAAACA